UGUUAUUAAACAAAACAUUAAAGAUACUUUAAAGUCAACCUUAGACAAACUACAUAGCAUUUGUCUAUUAAAUAUUUCUCGAUUUUCGUUAUGCGACUCAUUACAUAAUAAUUUGUAUCAUGAUGAAGCCUUCUGUCAAAAUCUAGCUCAUACAAAAAUAUUUAAUUGGUUUGAAGCAUCCUCUCAAAAGACUAGACAACAAGAUUCAAGUAGUGCAACUAUCAACAAUUACAACAAUAAUAGUAACAAAUGUACUUGUGAGGUCUCUCCACCAGUAAAGCAAGUAUUCUCUUUUACUGCUAGCGAACAAGAAGCGGUCAUCGAACCACUUCUUAAUUUAGUUAAGAAAACGAUUUAUAAAUUUCUUGUUGAUAGUGAAAGAUUUAUUCCUCUCGAUGUGGUGAAAUCCUUCUGUGCCAAACAACACCCUCCUAUUAGUACUGACUUUGGAGACGUUGAUUUGCUAUGUAUGAUAAAUUUUAUUAUAGAUAAUAUUAAGCUUUUUUUGAAACAAAAAGAGCCAUUAUUUUAUGGUCGAUAUAAAGCAAAUCCUGUUGAGUUAUUGAGCAAUUUUAAGAAAAAUAUGUCUUGUGAGGUUGUAAUUUGUCUUGGUGGAAACUGCAAAGAAGCAUCGUCCAACAAAGAAAAUAUUGAUAAUGAAAUUACAGAAUUCAUUCUUGAUAUUCUCAAGGAAACUAAAGAGUUAGAGAAGGAGGAUAAGCAGAAGAUUUUAAGAUUGGCAUUAAAUGAAGACGAAUAUCUAAUAAAGCUCUGA